AUGACUACAGUAAUGCAAAUAGCCAUGAGAACUCAAAGAGAUGUAUCGAAACCAAUACCCAUUAAUCAACUAACUAAACCAGGAAUAUCUUUAAAUAGUUUAGUAUUUGAAGGAGAUGGAUAUGUUAUGGAUGCAUUAGAUGAUGUAGCUACAUUAUUACGAGUAGGAAUGAAGACAUUUAUGAUAGAUUUAUAUUGGAAUGAAUUUACUAGUAUAUGGCAAUUAUGUCCAGCUCCAUUCCCCAGUAAUAUUACUGAUGUAAAUGCUACUGUUGAUUUAAGUUGGAAUACUCUUCAAUAUACUUGUCAACCUACUUUAACUAUAGAAAAAUUAAUGCAAGUAUUUAAUAAUUAUAUUGUGGCAACUAAUACAAAUAUGAAUGUUGAUUUAAUUGAAAUAUUAAUCAAUUUAAAAUCAAUUCAAUCAAAGAGAACCAAUACUACUCUAUAUUCCAAUUCAAUGUUAAAUCAAAUGGGUAAUUCUACUUUGAAUAGUACCAUUUCUAGUUUGGGAUCAUAUGUUUUCACUCCAAAUGAUUUUCAUAAUUAUCAAGAAAAUCUUCAAAUAAAUCAAUAUCUGAACUUUUAUAAUAGUACAUCUACUAUACUACCGUCUUUAAGUACUGUUUUACUUUCAGAUUUUAGAAGAAUUUUAGUUAAUGUUGUAUCUAAUGAAUUAGUUAAUUCAACAAGAAAAUAUGAAAUAUCUUCUGAAGAUACUUCAGUAAUUUUCUUUCUGGGAAUAUCAGUAAAUACUACAAUUUUAGAUAAUAAUGAUGAUACAAUAAAGAGUUGUGAAAAUAUUGCACCUUAUGGUCUUAAUAGUUCUGAUAGUAUUGAAUUUUUUGAUGAACUUGCCUUAAAUACUAAUUUUCAAUAUGUUAUUGAUAAUGAUGCAUAUCCAUUUACAAAUGAAACUUAUCAACAAUUUAUAAGAUGUGGAAAUACUCCAAUAUUAAAUUCAACUUAUUAUGAUUUUAGUUUAGAAGCAACUGAUUAUUUAGGAGAAAUUGUUAAUAAUUUCUUACCAAUUAGUUUUUGGUCUUGGGCUCCAGGUGAACCAUCAUCAUAUAAUUCUAAUAUUAAUGAUACCCAUUCUCAAUUAGGUAAUCUCACAUCUGAUUUUGAAGGUUCUCAAUUAGCUUAUAAAUGUGUAGUAUUUGAUAAAGAUGGUUGGAGAGUUGAUAAUUGUUAUAGAUCAUAUCAAUAUGCUUGUCAAAAUUUACAUUCACCAAACGAUUGGAUUAUACCAAAAGAUAGUCGAAAAGAAUAUUUUCAAGCCUAUAAAGAAUCAUGUCCUAAUGGAUAUAUAUUACUGUUACCAAUGCUGAGUAUUGAACUGGCAUCAUUAAGUGAUGCUAUUGAAGAUCAAAAUGCUACAUAUCCAAUUUGGAUAGAUCUUAAUGAUAUUACAGUUGCUGGAUGUUUUGUUUCAGGAGGUCCUUAUGCUGAUUGUCCUUAUCAAAAAACAGUUAGUGAAGCUAGAUUGGUAAGAUUAAUUGCUCCAAGUUUUAUUGUUGCAGUAUUAGUAUUGUUUAUGAUAAUAAUAGAGAAAAUCUUUAGAGUAAAUCCUAUUCAAACUAAUAGAAAGAGAUACUGGAAGCGUGUGGUACAAGAAUAUAAUGAAAAACAUGGAUUUGAAGGUGUACCUUCAUAA